UGGUAUUUUCACGGGCUAUUGAAAAAAGCAACAGAAAUGACCUGCACUCGUACACCUUGGAUAUAAACGAGCAGAGCCGGCCUCCUCCUCCUCCUCAUUUUACACGUACACGCCCUUUUGCGUAUCAAAAUGAACAGAGCAUACAACCGUCACCCUAUACUCAUAUCAAACACCUUAUCCCGACGAAAGCCAAACCAAUUAAUUUUAGUCUUAGUCCUCACAUUCGUUCUAGAAUGUGCGUCACGCUUAAUUGUUUCAGCGAUAGAAUGAAUAAUCAGUCGAUAAUAAGAAAAGCUGAUCAAUCAUCAUUAAACGAUGAAGGAAAUUUAAAUUCUACAGUUCCCACAAAAAUAACGACUGCUACAUCAGAGCAUCUUGAUCAAGGUCAAGAAAAACCAAAAGAGAAAGAAGGAGAAAAAGAAACCAACCAUAAUGACACAAUGGAUAAUAAUACCAUCCAAAAUGCUAGUAAUUCAUAUGUAGACCUUACGAUUCAAAGAGAUUACCCAUUCACAAUCGCUACAGCAGCAAGUGAAAACCAUUUUUGUGUGCUUCAAAGUUGGAUCUACAAUGCACAAAAAAUAUUACACGGGUUAAAUAAUGAAUCUUUUAUCCCACGAAUAAUAAUUUACGACUUGGGCCUCCUCAAUUACCAACGAUCUAUUCUGAAAUCUCUUCACACCAAAGGUUUUUUCACAGAGCUGCGACAAUUCAACUACACAAAAUACCCCGACUUCUGGAAUGUUAACAAGGGUCGUGGCGAAUAUGCAUGGAAAACCGGGAUUGUAGCAGAAAUUGCGAAAGAUUUUCCGGGAAUAGUUGUGUGGUUGGAUUCGGGGUCGAUAUUUAAACAAGAAUUUUUAAUAAAUCUUCAGAAGUAUCUAGAUUCUCGCGAGGGAUUUUUGUCUGGCAAGUCCAUUGAUCGGAUACCUACGUGGACUCAUGCUGGGACAUUUAAAUAUUUUCAUGUGAAACCAGCUCGAUUCCGUAAUUACAGAAAUUGUAAUGGUGCAAUGAUAGUUUUUGACACUACAAAAGUCCAAUCACUAAUAGACGCCUGGUAUAAAUGCGCAUUAGUAAAGGAUUGUAUUGCGCCAGAAGGAAGUAAUCGAUAUAAUCAUCGUCAAGAUCAAGCAGUUCUCUCGUUAUUAGCAGCGAUGGAAUCACGAAGAUGCUCCGAAAAACCAGAAUUUUAUGGUGUAGUUACGCAUCAAGAUCAUCAAUGUGUAAAACAUAUAUCCAAUUUUGAAAAAAUCCAUCCUGAUCUACGAUGGGUGCUCACUGAUGAGGAAAUCAAGGAGUUUAAAGAGUAUGCAAUGAAAAAUCUAGAUUCAGAUGAGUUUUAUAAUAUUUUGGAAAAUUACAACUGA